AGAAAGAGAGGCAAGUGUUGUCUCCCAUCCCACAGCACCUUUUAAAGUUAGUUUGGGAUCUUCUGGAUUUUGAUUGUUCAAACGGGAAAGAAAGCUUCUCUCCCUUUGAAGGAGCAAAAAGAAAAAAAAGAGUGGUCGUCUUCCUUUUCUCUCUCCCGUUCUUUCCCCAUCCCCACCCCCGUACCCACCCCGGCCACUCCCCGGAUCUUUCCUUCCCCUCAUGCACCUGCCAGGCUCCGCUCUGACCAUGGCAGACGGGAGCUUCUCCCUUUCUGGACACCUGGUCCGGAGUCCCACCGCAAACCCCUCGCGGCUACACAGCAUCGAAGCCAUUUUGGGAUUUACCAAGGACGAUGGGCUCCUCGGCUCCUUCCCCGCAGACAGAGGUUCUCGUGCUUCCAAGGAUCAGGAUAAGAGGGCAGGAGCCCGCCUCAGCUUACCCAGAGCGCCGAGCGAGGCAGAGGCGCCGCCGCCGCCGCCGCCUCCCCCGCCGCCGCCCCAGCUCCCUGGUCCGAUGCCCUAUGGUCCUAAGGAGCCGGGGGAAGAAUGUCUAAGCCCGGAGCUGCCCGCUUGCCACACCCCCAGCGAUGGGAAACUAUCCGACGAGGAGCAGCCCAAGAAGAAACAUCGCCGAAAUCGCACCACUUUCACCACCUACCAGUUGCAUGAGCUAGAGAGGGCCUUUGAGAAGUCCCACUACCCAGACGUCUACAGCCGCGAGGAGCUGGCAGUCAAGGUCAACCUGCCAGAGGUCCGAGUCCAGGUGUGGUUUCAGAACCGGAGGGCCAAGUGGAGGAGGCAGGAGAAGCUCGAAGUGACUUCCAUGAAACUACAAGACUCCCCCAUCCUCUCCUUCAACCGGUCUCCACCUGCCGCUGCCCUGCCGCAGCUGGGGGGAGGCGUGGGAGGCGGCGGCGGCGGCGGCGGGGCGACCCUGCAGCUGGAAUCCUGGCUGAGUCCGCCACUGCCGGGCGGCGGCGGCACCACCUCCUUACAGAGCCUGCCCGGCUUCGUGACCUCCCCGCAGAGCCUCCCAGCCAGCUACACGCCCCCACCACCCUUCCUGAACUCCCCUCCUCUGGGGCACAGCUUGCAGCCGCUAGGGCCUCCCCCGCCUCCUCCUUACCAGUGCGGAGCUAACUUUGUGGACAAAUUUUCCCUGGAGGAAGCAGACCCCCGUAAUACCAGCAUCGCAGCGCUGCGUAUGAAGGCCAAGGAGCACAUCCAGUCUAUUGGCAAGCCUUGGCAGACCAUAUGAGGUUACCGCCUUCUUUUCUCUCCUCUUGACCCCUCAGGGGCUCAAGCUGUGGCCUUUCCUCCCAUACGAAACAUCGGAUUGCUUUUCCCUAACACACUUCAAACUCAUUCCGUGUCUGGAUCCCCUAAACUGAUGGAGAUGAUCCGAAGUUAUGAGGGCGUCCCUUCCCUCUGGCUAUUCUCCCCUGUCACUUGUCCUCCAAGCAGGGAUUCUACUUCGGCCCCAGGAAACCCGACUGCUUCCAGACUGGAAAGUGUUAGAGCAUACUCAUUGUCCCAAGGGGAUACUAAUCAGCGGAAUGGGGUUGAUGGAAAUCCUCCAAGUCUCUGCGGAAGGAAUAACUGAAAGCUAUUUGGACCCACUCUGUCCUUUUUCACCAAUUCAACAACAAGCAAGCAAACGCAGAUCCUCUUCUGUUGAUAUUCUGAACUCAUUCAAUGCCCAACACUGACCCUGGCAUUUAUUGACUUCUAGAGACUUCAACCAAUCCACCAAAGAGUUCGAAAGUUGCAGCGAGCACUGGGGCUUUUUUUUCUUCACUAGUUCUCUGAAUUGCCAGUGGCUGACUUCUCUGCAAGAUUACAUUGACUGGGGCAAGCAGUAAGGCUUGGGGGGAGAAGCUGAAGGGCAGAACCAGGACAGUAGGUUUUAAGAAGUUGUUUAUACAUAGAAUAGUUUCUAAACAUCA